GGUGAAAAACAGAGAGGGGGACGGGGAGAAGAAGAGGUGAAACAGAAAAAGAGAACAAGGAGAGAAAGAGAGAGAGAUAUAAGCGUGAAACAGAGAGAAAGGGGAAGAGUGUGAACAAGAGAGAGAAGAGGCGUUCUCUAACAGAAAGAGGUAGAGGAGAGGAGAGCAACAUAGUUGUUUUCUAUCUCCGUGGAUCUCACACUGAGAGUUGUCUCACCACAAGAGAGGGAAUAUUUUUUUUAUUUUUCUUCUGUUCAUGUUAUCACCACUGAUCAUACAGAAUAAAUACCUUGUUAAACUGGGAUUUUCUUCAAUCUGAACUCAACUAUAAAACAGAUUUAAUCUCAGACUGAUUCUUCUGACGGGACUCGUUCUAUUUGGAUCCUACUAGUUGUCUGGUGUGGAUAUAAUACCAGUCUGUCUCUGAGAUGGGGUCCAGAACUCUUCUACUUGUUGUCGGUCUUCAUUUUACUCUUCUGGGGAACCAAGAGGCCAAAGAUUGUGGCCGGGGCUUCAAAGCCAAAGGGAGACAACAAUGUGAUGAUAUAGAUGAGUGUAAAGAGUUGGACAGUACCCCACCCUGUGGAAGUAAAGCCACGUGUUUAAACACACAGGGAAGCUUCUACUGUCAAUGUCAACCUGGGUUCAAAUCCACAACGACUGGCGACUUUACUCCUUUCACUGGGAAGUGUAGCGACGUGGAUGAGUGUAAGGAGCAGACUGCUGAUUGCCCCAACAACUCAUCCUGUGUAAACACCCCAGGGUCCUACAAAUGCAUCUGCCAGUCUGGGUUCACACUAACAGAGAGCAGGUGUGAGGACGUGGAUGAGUGUAAGGAGCAGACUGCUGAUUGCCCCAACAACUCAUCCUGUGUGAACACCCCAGGGUCCUACACCUGCAUCUGCCAGUCUGGGUUCACACUAACAGAGAGCAGGUGUGAGGACGUGGAUGAGUGUAAGGAGCAGACUGCUGAUUGCCCCAACAACUCAUCCUGUGUGAACACCCCAGGGUCCUACACCUGCAUCUGCCAGUCUGGGUUCACACUAACAGAGAGCAGGUGUGAGGACAUAGAUGAGUGUAAUGGAACUGCUCAUAUCUGUGGAGAGGGAGGGACCUGUCAGAACCAGGAAGGAAGCUACAGUUGCCUCUGUCGACCUGGAUACAGUAAUUAUGGCAACAAACAGGCGAGGUGCUCAGUACUGACGUGUGACCAGUUUAAAGUGGAUGAGACUCCUGGACAGAAUGUCCCAGGUUUAGCUGGUCUCCUGUCUCUGAUGAGGAACAGCUGUCUGGCGUUAAGUAACUCUGGGGACGCAGCCAGCGGGAGAAUGACUGGAGAGAUGUUACUGGAGAAUGUCUUCACGCAGGUAGACAGUUUCCUGUCUCAAGGUAUCCUAAGCAACAGCCGUGAGGUGAGUAGGUUGCUCGGCGCUGUGGAGGACGCCAUGAAGCUUAUAGCGCCGCAGCUCAGAGACAACCACACCACCAUGGAAACAGACCACACAGAGGCUGAGAUUGCAGUGAGGAGGGGACAGACUCCGCCCAUUGGGACAAUCAGCCUGGCCAAUGACAACGCUCGACUGGACACCAGCUGGGAGACAGCCACCGGCAACGGGACGUACCCAGGUUUCGCUCUGGCUGGGUUGGUGUGUUACAAGACAGUGGAGAGAUAUGUCAACGACUCCUUCCAGUACCUCACUGACACUGACACAGACACAGCAACCACCACGGUGUCAAAGCCUAGCUACCAGAUCAGUUCCAAGGUGGUAACAGCAUUUGUCAGUAACCCAGCAACAGACCACCUCACCCAGCCUGUCAUCCUCACCUUCAAACAUCUACAGGUGAGGGCAGAGUCUUCACAAAUGAACUAUACCUGUGUGUUCUGGCGUGUCCAUGAAGAGGGAGGGGCGUGGUCAAGUCGUGGCUGUACCAAAGUCACAUCUAAUGCUACAUACACCGUGUGUUCCUGUUCCCACCUUAGCAGCUUUGCUGUUCUCAUGGCCCUCUACCCUAUAAAGGUACACACACACACACGCGCACGCGCACGCGCACACGCACACGCGCACACACGCACGCACGCACACGCACACACACACACACACGCACACGCGCACACACACACACACACACACACACACACACACACACACACACACACACACACACACACACACACACACACACACACACACACACACACACACACACACACACACACACACACACCGGAUGAUGUCAAGGUAAUGCUCCUCAAGUCGGUUAGGAAUUCUACUUUGUGCACAAGUAAUUUUUCAAACAAUUGUUUACAGACAGAUAAUGUCACUUAUAAUUCACUGAAUCACAAUUCCAGUGGGUCACAAGAUUACAGACACUAACUUGAC